GCAAAACCAAAAGUGCCGUCUGAUUAUUAAUAUUUUUAUACCAAAGCAUACCGAAAGAGUCGCACCGUGCUAGCUGCUGGGUAAAUCAACAAGCCGUCAUGAAGCGUCACCUAAAAAAGAACUAUGGUGGCGUCGCAAACCUGUGCGGAACAGGGAUGACUAACGUUAGAACGUUUGUCUUCCUGGACCUCGAAACGACCGGACUACCGUGGAAUGAAUGGAACAGGACCAAAAUAACAGAAUUGUCGAUGGUGGCUUGCAGCAAACAGCAUCUUCUGGAAUCAAUCAGCCACCUUCCCCGGGUACUGCACAAGCUAUCGCUCUGCUUCAAUCCAUCCCGAAUGAUCUCACAUGGGUCAUCGCUUAAAACGGGUUUGUACAACGAUUUGCUCCAGUAUGAGGGGAAAUUCGAUUCGAGUGCCGGUGAGAUGGUGAAAAUAUUCCUGAAACGCCUGCAAAAACCGAUCUGCUUUGUGGCACACAACGGAUACAGGUUCGACUUUAUUCUUCUCAAGAAGCAGCUGGCGAGCCUCGACGUGCAGUUGGAAGGGCCAUUGGUUUGCAUCGAUACACUUCCUGCCUUCCGAGCGAUAGAGGCGGACUUGCAACGGUCAUUCUUUGAACACAACGAAGGUUUGGACAGUGAACUUGUAGAGCUUGAGUAUGAAGCGAUUUGCGUUAUGGAAAAACUUGAGCGUGAGUCAAGCGAGAAGUCUUCUUCGUCCACUCGAUCGACGACUUUAGAUGAGCAAGUUGAACGGAACUACAAACAAGCGCUACAUUCGUAUUUAAAUUUGACUCCCGAAGGGUCACCUAACAGAAGUUUGGUUGAAGCCGACUGUCCUGCUCCACAGCUGUGCAGCACGGCCAUCAAACAGGAAGAUGAUGCCUUAAGUGCUUUGUACUUGCUGGUUGGAGCGGAGUGUUCCGUGAAUGAUCAUCAAAAGCGGAAUGAAACUACUCCUGGUAAUAGGCACACAAAAUCAAGAAACGCUGCUGCGAAAGAAACAUCUUUUACUGAAUCGCAAACGCAAUCUUCGCUGUCGGCUACAAAAGUAUCGGCUGCACGUAAGCGGCUCUUCAAUGAACCGGAUCAAAAUGCACAAAACGGAUCGAUAAAGUGCGGCACACAGCUGAACAGUGGCAAACCGACUCGAAGGGGGUACUCUUUAUCGGAAAUAUACAAGCGCACCAUGGGCAAGGAGCUAGUAUCGGCACAUCAAGCGGAAGGUGAUGUUGUAGCCCUGAUCGAGUGUGUGAUCGUUCACGCUGAUCGAUUCGUGCGGUACGCGGAAGCGAACUGCGUUCCGUACGAGGACAUCAAGGAAAAUUUCUGAUUGAAAGCGACUACAUUAGGGGACAAUUUUAAUUGUGUAAA